AUUAUUCUUCGGGGCUCGCUCGCGAUUACCGUCGAUUACGGCGUGCGACCGAGGAAGCCGGGUCCAUCGGAGACCGAAUGACUGUCUCGUUACGAUGACGACCUCAUCGGUGAGAAUUAUCUACUUCCGCCGUCUCCCUUAGCGGAGAAUCAAACGUGCGUCUCCACUCAUACGCUCCGCGUCGCACCCCAUCGCACGUAACUACAUGUAAUUUGCAUGAAUACACCGAACGCGAGUACUACGACGUGACCAUCGCGUCAGACAAUGUCAGACAGCAUCCCUUGAAUGAUUAAGCGCGAUGGCGGAGGUUAAGUCGCGCGGAGGUUAGGUUAGGGUUAGGUUCAUGCGUCACAGCGCGCGUGCCCUGGAGCUACGUCGAUUCGAUGGCGGUCCUUCAUAGGUUAUGGUCCGCGUCUUAAAUAAUGCAGUAAACAACUUCAGUCACGCUUUUUAUCGGUCUAUGCGGUCAUCCACGAGGAACGCCCAUGGCAGGCGAGCGCCGUGAGACAAUCCUGCGUCUGUUCCAAGCUGAACCGGUGAACGCGGUGACGUAGGCUUGCGCACUCGACGAGAGGGAAUACGAUUUUUGGAAUUUUAAAUGCAACGCCAGAAAAUGGCAAAUGCAAUGUUCACGCACAAGACCAAGGCGGAGGAUACCAUAGAGUGUUUCCUCUACCCCAAGUUCUGCUACGCGUCCGACCCGGACGCAGUGACGGAAGCGAGGCUGAGCGAGGAGAUCGCCAAGUACAACGAGGAAAUCGCCUCGUUCGUCGGCGAUCAUAUCUGGCAUAGCGACAGCUUAAAUUUCCGUCCUAGAACCAAGCAGGCGAUGCUGCUGAAUCGAACCCUCGAGGGAUCAGCGGUGGAGGAAGAUUACCAUACCUUGCCUCACAUUUAUGCAAAUCAGCGUUUUGAUGAGGAUAUAGGGGACGAAUGGUUGACGGUGUUCUUAAUAUUUAGGCUCACCAAAGUCUUCGACGGAUUGAUCGCUAGAGUGGUGGAUUCGGAUGGAGAGUUUCUUCUGAUAGAAGGCGCCCAUGUCCUGCCACUCUGGGCCAGUCCCGAAACGUGCCAGGAUCGUGUGUUCAUUCAUAACGGUGAUAUUCAUGUUAUUAGAGAAAGAGGAACGUCGUUUCCCAAUUUAUUAAAUAACAUAAAUGGCAAGCCGCAUAUCUCUAAGAUGUCUGAGAAGGUGCAGCUUGUAUUACAAAAGCGAAUUGGCAUUUAUCCUGAUGAGAUUCAGAAGAGGAAGCACAAGGCCCGGGCGUUCCUUCCGGAGAAAGCGGCCUCUAUACUUCGUCUAGAACCAAGACUCAUAGCUCCAGCGAUUAGAACUAUCUGCCAUUCGGAUCCACUCGAACGCAAAGUUUGUCGUGCCAUGAGAUAUUUCCCUCCCGAACAACGAACCAUGGUCAAUGUUAAAAUGACCAAGUGUUUGUACGCGAUGGCGACGCACUGUCGUUAUACUGGUGAUCCAAGAACAGGUUGGAACAUACCACCUGCAACUUGCUCAAAAUACAAUGCUCAUGUUCUCGGAGUUAAAAUAGCAUGCGGCUUAGAGAUGUUAGUAGCUCGGGCCAAUGAGGAACGUAGAAAACGUACCAAAGAACAGUCGGACGUUCCCGACGAUGUUGAAAAGUUAAAGUUGAACGAAUCAGCUUUCAACGCUUACCUAGCUCGUUUAGAGGCAAAUGGUUAUUUUAGAAAUCUGUUGGAAGGUAGUCAGGAACGUGAUAAGCUACUAUCUACAGCGAAAGAGUAUUUCUUGAAGCAUGCUUCUUUAUUUGAUAAUCUAACAAAUUUGUACGAAAGCGAUGCUCAAAAAGUCUUAGAAGCAUGGGAGAACAUACAGACGAAUGACAUUGAAAUGCAUGCUCAAGAUGAGAAUACGCUGAGUCCUGCAGAUACCGAUAGUUGGCUAAAUGUGGACCCAGCGCAGUUAGAAACAUAUUUAAACCAACACUGGGGAAGCAAUGUUAAGGAUAAAAAAUUAGAAAAACAGGAAUCUUUAAGUCUCCGAGAAAAAGUACAAUCGUUUCUCAAUCAAACCAGUGACAUUGAUGGCGUGCAUUUCUUAGGAGAACAAUCAAUGGAGAAUGACAUGCAAGACGCGGAGGAUGGCGCGCGAAUAGAUUUCGACGCAGACGUAUUCGAUAGUACAUUAAGAGGCAUCCUUGAUUUAGUUGUUCCGGGAGGAGAGGACGAGUUUGAGGGUAGUUCAGAGGGAUCGCUGGGUGGUGAUGAUGAGGAUAAAGGUGGCGAUAUGGACAAGUAUAUGCGGCUGUUAGACUCGCAAUUACAAUCGCAGAUGGUAAAAGACGAAAGUUUGGUAACGGAUGAUGAUGAUAAUAAUAGCACGGAUCCCGUAGAGGCAAGUUUGCGAGAAAGUAUCGAAGCCGAGGCCGGCGGCUCCGGUCCGGCCGGGAACAUAAUCGGAGGUCCUGUCCGAAGGCUCAUGCACUUGCAAUUGCAAUCGCCUACGACGGUACCGCCCGACUUACAAAGUUAAUGGCACUAAAUAUAUAAUAGAUGAUUAACAUAGUCGAUUCACGUUAACAUUCGUAAACAUUAUUACAACCCUCGCUUCAUUCUGCAAGAUACAUUAAGCAUUUGCCAUUUCAAACAAGGAGAAAAGACAAUGGACUAAAAUCUCGUUACUAUCUAAAUUAUUACACAUUUAUUACUUAAAAUAUAUACUUAAUGUUAUCGAUCAA